GUUUUUCUUAUCGGACCGAAACUUUUGGCUUUUGAUGGGUUUUUCGUUUCGUUUCGAUUCCGGCUUAUCGGUCGGGCGCGACGAGAGGGGCCGAGGAUGAAUUCCCGCGGCGGGAGCUGGUCUCGAGCCGGUCCUGGGCGGCGAGGCUUCUGAUUCGAUGGUGCUUGUGGUUCUGAUUUGUUCGAGCGGAAAGAAGUGUGGUUUUUCCGAUGGUGAAUUGGUGGAAUUAUGAUCCGGGUAUUGGGUAGGUUGGCGCCGGUGAAUUUUGUAGAGGAUGGUGUUAUGUGGAACUGGGAUUGGUGUUUCUCUGUUUCUAGCUUGUUUGGGAGGAGGCCACGUGUUUGAUGGUGGUCCGGCGAAAUUUGCCUCUCUUAUUUAAGAAGAUGUCCAGUGUGAGAAGUAUGUGGGGCUUUGGGACAUGAUCGUGCUUGCUUUGGUCAUUGCAGCUCUAACACGACGAUACGAUGGAAAAAGUGCUCUCUCUUGAACCCUUGUCAAAGGCGACGCAAAUGUUGUUUAAAAACGGGACCGUUGGAAGUGGCCUUUCGUCCACUUCUGGAUAUACGAGCGAUGUCUGCUUUUCUUCCCCUCAUUCUGACUUACAACAUGAUAGACGUUCACAAUGUUCUCCAUUCAUUUCUCCAGCAUCCAUGAUUAGAACGUCCACACCACCCCUAGGUUUUCCCCAUACAGAAGUACAACCUACUGCAUUGACUGAUAUUCCAAAAGAAAGCAAAGAUGGUCCCUGGGAUGCAAAUCAGCUUCAGGAUUUUCUUAUCUAUUCAGAAAACAUCCCGAGCCAUAAUUGUCAGGUAGAGAGCAGUGGGGGUGUCAUGGGAUGCGAGGACCAAUCUACAAGAAGUGAUUGGCAGUGGGCUGAACAGUUAAUUUCUGUUGAUGAGGCACUGGAUCCAGAUUGGAGCAAAAUUCUUGCUGAUGUUGAUGCGACUGACACAUCAAAGCUGCCCCUGGUUGUUCACAGUCAGUCUUUACCUCCUGGAGAAUCUUCUGCUGCUGCUAAUCAAUUAUCAAGUGCAUCCUCAAGCAAGGCUCGAAUGCGUUGGACACCGGAGCUUCAUGAAGCUUUUGUGGAGGCUGUUAAUCAGCUUGGCGGUGGUGAUCGUGCCACUCCCAAAGGUGUCUUAAAGCUGAUGAAUGUAGAAGGCCUAACAAUCUAUCAUGUGAAAAGCCACUUACAGAAAUAUAGAACGGCUCGAUAUAAACCGGAUUCGGCAGAGAGUGAAGGAUCUUCAGAGAAGAAGUUGAGUACACUGGAAGAAAUGAAAUCUCUAGACUUGAAGACGAGUAUGAACAUCACUGAAGCGCUGCGAAUGCAGAUGGAAGUUCAGAAGCAACUCCACGAACAACUCGAGAUUCAGAGAAAGCUGCAAUUGAGGAUUGAAGAACAAGGAAGAUACUUACAAAUGUUGUUUGAGAAACAAAGGAAGAUGGAUGAUGAUGGGUCCAAAGCUACUUCGUCCCCCAUUCCCGAUGAAUGUGAUCCAUCAAGGAACAUAACAGAAGCAACCGAGCAACACCAGGCUAAAAAAGGACUUGAGACGACAAACCCCAGCUCUUCGCCUGGCGAAAGUUCUCAAAACGCGAAUAAAAAGCAGAAGGUUUCUGAAGUAAGAACUCCUGAUGAUGACGAUCCGGAUGAGGGCGAGAUAGAUCUUCCAUCCGUGAAACGAGUGAGGGGCCAUGAAACCUCGCUGUGAUUAACCUGGAGCAGCAUCCUUUCAAGCUCUUGAAGAAUGGAGAAAGAGAAGGAUAUUAAAGAAGAAAAAAGAUCUCCUACUGCCUCUGAAGAUGACAUAGUGAAGUUGUUUUAUAAAAGAUCACAUGACAAGGACUUCUUUGACUGAAACUAGGAGAUUUUGGAACUCCGGUCCUCUAAUUUAUCUAUGGAUUCGUAUUAGAUGGAUUUAGUUUCUAAGUCGAUAAAGCCUCCGACUUUAUCCGAACUAUCCAACUUGGGAAAUAAAUUUGCAUUGAUAACUGUAGAUAGAAGGUUUAGCAGCAAAAAAAGAGGGCAGAAAGAAAUGAUGCUCGAACUCACUAGGAACGAAGCUUUUACUAAGCUGCUGGUGAUUUCUGUCUUUCUAAUUUGUGUAAAAAAGGGUUUGUACCGACUUGUUUAAUCUUGGGGGAAAUCUUUGUGCCAA